AUGGAACCGUACGUUCAAAAUGGCCUGAGGAAGCUAGCUCCAUAUUGGAACACUCGGUCUUCCUUUGUAAAAGGGCGCUGGUAUGGCAGAACACUGGCACAAGUGCUGAUGGAGGAGUUCCACUUCAGUUCGGAACAAGUGCAGGCUAAGAUACUAGCGGGACAUUGCCAGCUUCUAAGGGAUGGCGUGGUAUUGAAUGCUAAUACGGAGCUUAUUAAGAACAAAGACGUCUUUCAGUCAAAGCAGCACAAUCACGAGCCACCAGUACUUCAAUGGCCUCUAUUACACAACGUUGCACACAAUACCGCUGGCCUGAAGGUAGUUUUCGAGGAUAACGACCUUCUGGUCAUCGAUAAGCCAUGUGGAAUACCUAUCCAUCCAACUGCAUACUUCUAUAAGAAUACUCUGACAGAGGUGUUAGAAGACGCUCGGGGAUAUCCGUUGUUUCCCUGCUACAGGCUGGACAAGAUAACGUCUGGCUUACUCAUCUUUGCCAAGACACAGCAGACAGCUAGCAGACUACAAAGCCAGAUAAGAGAUCAGAACAUGAAUAAGUGGUACCUAGCCCGUGUUGAUGGUAAUUUUGAUUUUAAUAAGAAAACUGCUUCUUCUCCCAUCUACACGUUUGAACCUAAGAAGAGCCUGAAAGGAGCCUUUGCGCCAGUUCGUGAUGCACUGACUGAGUUUUAUCAUGUUGCAUAUAAUGAGGAAUUGAAUCAGUCUUUGGUUCUGUGCAAGCCGCUGACUGGUCGCACACAUCAGAUUAGAAUCCACCUUGCACGCCUCGGACACCCAAUUGUUAAUGAUCCCUUUUACAAUGUGAAAAACUCCAAGUAUCCAAAACGAUCUGCAUUUAUGCUUGAAGUGGAAGAUUGGAAUACGAUUGAGCAGGAUAAGCUGUCACAUUUAUUCGAUGAGUUCAUUGUUGAGAUUGAUGAAAACUGGCGAGGUUUAAAUCCCGCCGGUGACCUGUGCGAAGAAUGUGGGGAGGAGUUACCAAGAGAUCCAGAAAAGCAUGAGCUGAUCUUGUACCUACAUGCAUGGAAGUAUAAUGGCAGCGAUAUAUCCUUUACAACAGAAUAUCCCGAAUGGGCCAGUGCCUUCGAAUUUGGAGAGAUAGAUAUAGGGAGGCCUGAUAUUUAUUGA